UUCUAACAGUGAGGGAGGGUUAGUUGACGGCCACCGUUAACAUUUGAAAUGGAAAAGGGUUUCCGCCAUUAACAUUUAACAACAAAUUGCAUCGUCCUCUCUCUUCAAUUUUGAUGAACAUGGAUGAUUCUUCCACUUGCCCCUUCUGUUUUUUAUCGCUUCCAUCUUCUCAACUCCAAUGGCACGCCAAUACCCACUUCGAAGACGACGAAUUUCGUUCACCUCCGAGUAAAAAAGCAGUUAGUGACUUACAUUUCGAUACAGCUUUUGGAGAUAGUAAUAAUUUGUGUGGUGGCGAUGGUGGCGGGAUUGGUAGAGACAAUGGGGUAUGGUUGAUGGAUGAAAAGAUCUCUCACUUGGUUGAUUUACAGAUAAAGGGUGAGUUUCACAAUGUUAAUGGCGGUUUGAUGAACUUAUUGAGGAAUUGUUUGGAAUCUGAAGGUGGAAACUCGAAAAGCAUUUUGUCGGGUUAUGUUGAUCAUUUCCAAAGCCUUAAGUCAGAGGAUGUUGGAUGGGGUUGCGGUUGGCGUAACAUUCAAAUGCUUAGCUCACAUUUAUUGGCUCAAAAGCCAGAAGCGAAAGAAGUAUUGUUUGGUUGUUCAGGAUUUGUUCCUGAUAUUCCAUCGCUCCAAAGAUGGCUUGAGAUUGCUUGGGAAAGAGGUUUUGAUGAACCUGGCUCUCACCAUUUCAAUAAUUCUAUCUAUGGUUCUAAAAGAUGGAUAGGAGCUACCGAAUGUGCUGCACUCUUGCGUUCUUUUGGUCUCCGAGCAAGGAUGAUUGACUUUGGUCCUAAGGAAUCUGAAUCUCUUUAUCUAUCUGUCCCCGGUUCAAGUGUUGGUGAGCCGGAGCUAGUGAGAAUUGACGAUGGAAGGAAGAGGAAAGCACCUAGUUUUUAUGGACCAAUGGAUAGAUAUCUGUCUAGUCAGAGUGGUGGUGUUUCUCAAGCAAGUUGUGGCACAAAUGCAAAGUCUUGUUCUUCUCUUAAUGUCAAUAUUGAUAAAGAAAGUGGUGGUGGAUGUAUGGUAAAAAGUGAUGCAAAACAAAGUAAAAAACAUCAAGUUCUAAUGGACUUUGUGUGGAAUUAUUUUUCUAAUAAAAACUCAAUUCAUUUUGGCUAUAGGCGUGUUGUCUUCAGUGAGAAAACGCCCUUGUACUUUCAACAUGAUGGACACUCAAGAACAAUAGUUGGAAUCCAAGUCAAACAUCAACGAAAUGGAAUUCUGCAUUAUAAUCUCCUAGUUCUUGAUCCUGGUCAUAGUACGGCGGCUGUAGAAAGAUCACUAAGGGAGAAAGUUGGAUGGCAGAGAUUCAUAAAAAGAGGAGUGCACACACUUAGGAAGCAACAAUACCAGUUGUGUUAUGUUGAUCCUGGAAUUGCCAGUGAAGAGGAGAUGAAAAAACUCAAGACAAUGGAUAGUGUCUUCAUUCAACUUUAAUCAAAGGUUUUUGCUGCAUCAAAGUACCAUAUCUUAUUUCAUACGAUAUAUAAUAUGAAGCUUAGUUAUGAAACAUUGCUGAAGGGAGAUAAUGAUCAGAUCCAAUUCGGUAUUCAUACUUCAUACUACUUGUAUGGGGUGGACGGAAUCUGUGAAUUGCACAACACAACUAAUGAGACCAUAGGGACAGGGGUUUAUGACUCUUCAUUUUCUGUAAGAUUUUUGCUGUCAAUUGGCUUAAGUUUUGGCCUGUUUCUACUUGUUGCAGUAUAACUCUCAUCAAAAUGGUAAUCGCUUAAAUGAUGCUACCCCUUGUGCUUUUUGUGGGUCAGAGCAUGAAAUGAUUUCCAGCCUGUUUCCUUGAUGUGAUUUAGCUACUGCAAUUGUGUUAGAAAAAUCAAUGUAAUUGCUGAUUUUCUAGAGUCAAUUAAGUUUGGUCCAAAUUUCCUCUAAA